UGGACAACUUGGCUUGACGAGGGAGGACCGGAGGAGGAGAGGACGGCCUAGGCGACAUUCGCACAUUGUUCGUAAAGUCACGGAAUGGCGAGGACUUAUUGUUGCCUACGUGUGAAUAUUCAGCUCCCCAGUCCGAUUGUAUGAAAGGUUGGCCCAGUGUGCGCCAGCGUCUCUGAUGAUGAUGAUGAUGGCGUGAACACGAGAGCGGACGCAGGAAACUGGAACCACACCCGACCGCAAUUGCUCCUGUGAUCUGGAGACAAGAAUGGACCUUUUUUCCUAGACGCCAUCAUUGUCUUCUUAUCAUCCUCCUCCUCCUACUACUAAUACUACUACUGGUGUACUGUUGCUGUCGUCACGACAACACACCGGCCAUGGCGCUCCGGUGGAUGCUCCCGGUGUGCACGCUGACGGCGUGUGUCGCCAUUCCCAUGGACGCGGCGGCCGGGAGCCACAACCUGUUCACCUGCGAGCCCAUCACCCUGCGGAUGUGCCAAGGGCUGGCCUACAACUCCACCUUCAUGCCCAACGUGCUGAACCACUAUGACCAGCAAACGGCUGCUCUCGCCAUGGAGCCGUUCCACCCCAUGGUCAACUUGCAGUGCAGCGCCCAGCUCAGGAUGUUCCUGUGCGCCCUCUACGCGCCCGUGUGCACCGAGUACGGCCGCGUGACGCUGCCCUGCCGCCGGCUGUGUCUGCAGGCCAAGAGCGACUGCUACAAGCUGAUGGACAUGUUUGGCGUCAGCUGGCCUGAGGAGAUGGACUGCAGCAGGUUCCCAGACUGUGACGAUCCUUACCCUCGUCCAGUGGACCUGCUGUCCCGUGCAGAUACCACCGAGAGUCCGGUCCCAGUCCAGCGGGACUACGGCUUCUGGUGCCCCCGAGAGCUCAAAGUGGACCCGGAACUGGGCUACUCCUUCAUGGGGGUCCGCGACUGCUCGCCGCCGUGUCCCAACAUGUACUUCACACGCCAGGAACUGACCUUCGCCCGCUACUUGAUCGGCGUGGUGUCCAUCGUGUGUCUCUCCGCCACCCUCUUCACCUUCCUCACCUUCCUCAUCGACGUGUCGCGCUUCCGCUACCCGGAGAGGCCCAUCAUCUUCUACGCCGUGUGCUACAUGAUGGUGUCCCUCAUGUUCUUCCUGGGCUUCCUGCUGGAGGACCGAGUGUCCUGUAACGCCGCCGUGCCCGGGAGGUUUCGGGCUUCCACGGUGACUCAAGGCUCGCAUAAUAAGGCCUGCACGCUUGUCUUCAUGGUGCUCUACUUCUUCACCAUGGCGGGCAGCGUCUGGUGGGUCAUCCUCACCAUCACCUGGUUCCUGGCCGCCGUGCCCAAGUGGGGCAGCGAGGCCAUCGAGAAGAAGGCUCUGGUCUUCCACGCCUGCGCCUGGGGCGUCCCCGGCGUCCUCACCGUCAGCCUGCUGGCCAUGAACAAGAUCGAGGGCGACGGCGUCAGCGGCGUCUGCUUCGUGGGUCUCUACAACAUGGCGGCGCUGCGCUGGUUCCUGCUGGCGCCGCUGGGCGUGGACGUGGCGGUGGGCGUGGUGCUGCUGCUGACAGGAAUAGCGGCUCUGAACCGAGUGCGCAUGGAGAUCCCUCUGGAGAAGGAGAACCAGGACAAACUGGUCAAGUUCAUGAUCCGCAUCGCCGUCUUCUCCGCCCUCUACCUGCUGCCUCUGCUGACCGUGUUGGUGUGCUACCUGUACGAGAGCAGCCAGCGCGCCGCCUGGGAGAGCAGCUGGGUGCAGGACAGGUGCCGGCACUACCACAUCCCGUGUCCCCACCAGGUGCAGCAGAGCAGCGGACCUAACCUCACACUCUUCCUCCUGAAAUAUGUCAUGAUGCUGAUUGUUGGAAUCCCUUCUAUAUUUUGGGUUGGCAGCAAGAAAACUUGUUAUGAAUGGAUCAGCUUCUUCCAUGGCAACAAACACAAGUCCAAGGUGAAGGAGAGUCUCCAGGUCCUCCAUCAGCCCGACUUCACUCAGCUGCUGCUCGGAGAUCCUCGCACGUCCAUCGUGAGGAAGUCUCGGGGGACGUCCACCCAGGGCACCUCCACCCACGCGUCCUCCGCCCACCUGUCUUCCGCCCACCUGUCCUGCACCCACCUGGCCGCCGUGGACCACCCACCCAGUGGCAGCACCAGCAGGGCGGCGUCGGUCCUCAGCGCCGGCUCCAAGAGGAGCAGUUCUCACAGCAGCUUGCAGCGCUCGCCACACAGCAGAUACACGACGUCCAACUUCCCUCAGGCCGAGGACCAGGUCCCCCACCUGGAUGAUCCGGAUCAGUCCAGACACGGCAGCGCCGAUCGCCUGGACGGCUUAUCGCGGCACAGCUCCGCCCACAGACUGGGGAGCCAAUCGCGGCACAGCAGUGUCAGGGACCUAAGCUCCGCCCCCCAAAUGAUGCUGGGGGGGCCAGGAAACGGAAUCCACAAAGUGCUGGAGGAGUGCACUUCUUUGACGCCUUGAAGGAACACUUACAAGUCUGCAGCCACUGAGCCAAUCAUGUGGCCUUGUUUCAACGGCCAAUCAAAACGAGCGAACCAAAGACUCAAAUCUUUUUUCUUUUUUUUUUAAAUCCUUCUUGGUUUACGUCAGACUCCUUUGCCUUUUUUUGUGCAGCGACUUUACGAGCAAAACUCCAAACACUAAAGAGGUUUUUACCCAAAAAAUGAUUAGCAAGUAAAACUUUUUUCUUCAAUUGAAAAACAAUUUGCCAACUAAAAUUCUUCAAAUAGAAAUAUUUGCCACCUGGUCGUGCUGGAAGAGUCCUUAUGAUCUUAGCAGCACCCGAGGCAGGGCUUGAUAGCGUGCGCCUGGGACCCGGCCAGG